UUGAUCAUGCAAAUGAACCAUUUGAACUCUGAUGUGCCGUUGCCUCAGUGCUGAUGCUUUCCAAGCCAGUGGAAAAAAAAGGUGUGCAAUUGUAAAUGUCAUGUGUCUAUAUCUCUCAUGUAGAUUUGGACUCCCUCAGAAUAUCUUCAGUUGACGCCAGUGAAACACCCUGGAGAAGUUGAGAGACGCAUUUGAUGUUAAGUGAAAUGACACCAGGUUCAAACUACAGCCUGCCAAUCUCAAGGAAAGGCAUUGAAAGGAACUGCUGCAUACUAAAGAAACAGAAACCCAGAUCUGAGGGGAUCUGCCAUUUUUCAGGGUCAAAGACAAAAUCCCCCUGCCUCAGGACCUGCCUGGCAGUUUGUCUCAAGGACCGGGUGAGGAUGGAGCAAGGAGAAGUAGAUGACAGGACUGAAGGAAGGAGAUUUAGAGAACUGGCGUCAAAGUGGUUCAUAGAGACUCAAGUACCGUUCAUUGUUCACAAUGGCCUCUUCCCCUCCUGGUUCCUGGGAUUCAUCACAAGAAAGGAUGCUGAAGAAAUACUUCGAGAAAGGGAGCUGGGCUGUUUCCUGAUCCGUCUCAGUGAAAAGACAAUCGGAUAUGUUCUCUCUUAUAAAGGCAGGGAUCGGUGCCGACAUUUUGUGAUCAACCAAAGUGAUUCAGGGCAGUUUGUCGUCUGUGGAGACACCGAAGGACACAACACGGUCUCUGACCUCAUUGAGUACUACAAGACCAGCUCCAUUCAGCCAUUUGGAGAGUAUCUGACAUUUUCAUGUUUUGAGACACUCAAAGAGGAUGUGUAUGAUAUAAUUGAGAUUAAUCCAAAAGAAAAGUCUGCAGCUACUUUUAGAGAGCUCAAAAAUGUGAAGAACCAGCAGAUAAGCAUAGAGCAACCACCUACAAGGCCACCAAAGAGUGUCCACACACCAGAAGAAGUGCCACCGCUGCCUCAGAGGAACCGAAACCUUGAAGCUCCCCCGAACAUCAAGGACAAGGUUUUUUAUGCUCAGCUCAGGAAACAGUCACCCAGGGAGAGACCAAGAUCCCAGCACAUAUCUCAGGACUAUACAACAAGAGAUAAGGACAUAAGCAGGAGAAGUCCUCCAUCUGGACCAGGCCCUGUUUACUCUCAGCCUAACCUGCUGGACAGCAAGAGCAGAUCUCUGCCACUUCUGGACAACAGGUCUAAUGAAGAUCAGUCUUACAGGCUGAGCGCACCUCCACACACGCCACCAAGACUCUCCCCUAAACCCAUCAGACCAGCUGCUUCUUGCAGCCCACAGCUGGAGUGGACAGAUGUGCGCAGCAGGUUUAGCAGCAGCCACGGCCUGGAGCUCACGGACAGUGGUGCGCUCUAUCACCUGGCUGGCAACCCUGGCAGUCCGUACAAUGCAGCAUCUAACGGGAGAUCACUGAAGUCAGAGCAGCAUGAUUCAGUGUAUGCUGAGGUCCCUGCAGAAGCUCCUGUCUGCCAGGUCCCUCAUGGAAACACAUAUGAGACAAUCCCGGUCAGUGAGGAUGCAACCCAACCUAAUCCCAACAACACCUAUGAGCCUCUGGAGGACAUCAGACCCAAACAGAACCACUCCUCCUGGGGGUUAAAGAAUGAUAAAUGGAGAUGGCUGUUCCCCGAGGUCAGGAGGAAAUGAUGACGGUAGAUCUAGAAAGCAUCUGGAGGAAAAAAACACUAAUUUUACUUUGACACUGC